AUGUUACUCUGGCUGCACAACCCAAAUACACCUCAAAAGCCAUUAGAGCCUGGAACGUGCAAGCCCAGGUACCUGCUACUUUUUGGCUUAGGUGACUUUCCUAGCAGCCAGAGCCAACUGGAUUGUGGGCUGUUGGGAGUUACAUGGGAGAUUUCUGAGAUCAGGGGGCUGGUGAAUCUCAAUGAGUUCAAGUAUCAGGGGGGUGCUGUAAAAAGACAAGCCUUGUAUGCCUGCAGUACUUGCACCCCACCAGGAGAAGAACCAGCAGGAAUCUGUUUAGCCUGCAGUUAUGAAUGUCAUGGCACGCACAAGUUAUUUGAACUAUAUACAAAAAGAAACUUCCGCUGUGACUGUGGAAACAGCAAAUUCAAAAAUUUGCAGUGCAAGCUAUUUCCAGAAAAGGGAAAAGUGAAUUCAGGCAAUAAGUAUAAUCACAACUUCUAUGGAUUAUACUGUGUUUGUAAAAGACCGUAUCCUGAUCCUGAAGAUGAGAUCCCAGAUGAAAUGAUCCAAUGCAUAGUUUGUGAAGACUGGUUCCAUGGAAGGCACCUUGGGGCAGUUCCCCCUGAGAGUGGGGACUUCCAUGAGAUGGUAUGCCAGGCCUGCAUGAAUUGCUGUGCUUUCCUUUGGGCGUAUACUUCACAGUUAGCAGUUCCUACUGUGACCAAAGUGACCUCACUUGACGAUGAAAGGAUUGUGCUGAAUGUCAAAGAAAGUGAAGAACAGAACAGAGAAAUCAAAAAGGAAAGUGGAGGAGAUCACCAAGCGAAGAUCAAGGAGGAAGAGCAAGUAGAGCAGUAUAAUGAGCCAUCUACUAGUUCUGGCUCUAAAUGUCCAGAGACAGUUACAAAAAGCGAUGAACCGGUGUGUAAGCUGCGAGAACUCCAGACCAAGCAGUCUCUGAAGAAGGAUACCGCCACCUUUUGGCCAUCUAACUGGCGGAGUAAAUUGUGCACAUGCAAAGACUGUUUAAAAAUGUAUUCAGAACUGGAUGUCCAAUUCCUGAUUGAUGAAUGUGACACUGUCUUGGCCUAUGAGAAUAAAGGUACAAGUGACCAGGAAACAGACAGAAGAGAUCCUUUAAUGGACACGCUUAAUAGCAUGAACAGAGUCCAGCAAGUAGAACUCAUCUGUGAAUACAACGACCUAAAGACAGAACUGACUGACUAUCUCAGGCGAUUUGCAGAUGAAGGAACAGUUGUUAAAAGAGAGGACAUUCAGCAAUUCUUUGAAGAAUUUCAGUCACGCAAGAGAAGACGGACAAAUAGGAUGCAGUACUACUGCAGUUAGACUGAAAAGGCUUUGACUCAUAAGGACAAAUGGAAAAUCCAAUCCAUCCUUCAGUAAAUAGAAGCUAAUAUUUGACCU